ACGAUCGCCAGCUGGCUCCAAGCAUUCCCCCACCGACGGCGACGACGACGAUGGCCCCCAAGGCGAAGCAAGAGAAGAAGGCCGAGCCGACGCGGCGCAUGGGCCCGUGGACGCCGGAGGAGGUCGCGUACACACACCGCCUCUCGCAGGACUUCCAGCUCGGGCUCCUCGAAGACGUGCGCCAGGGCAUGUCGCUCCGGCAGUGGCUCAGCCACAUCCUCAACUGCUCGCCAAUGCGCAUUAGCAAGAAGUUUGAGGUUGAGCCCUCCCUCCGCGCGCGCUGCAACUACGUCGUCAACUGGCAGCGCAUCAAGAGCCUCACGCCCCACGAGGUCUACGUCCGUAAGAAGGAGCUCGAGACGCUCGAGCGCAACUUCAAGAAGAGCACCGAGAGCCAAGACUAUGUGCGUCUCAUGCAGUCCAUGCGCAACUGCUACGACAAGUACCGCAAGGGCAAGACGAAAAGCCGCGGGGCCAAGCGCGGCAAGGGCAAGGAGCCGGUGGGCGCGCCACCUCGGAAGAAGAACCCCCGGCGCUGCACCACGACGCCGGCGUACGACGAAGCGACGUCGCCGUCGUCGGCCUCGUCACCCACAACGUCGUCGACGCUCUCGCCACCGUCCUUGCCGAUGCUGCCGCCAUUGACUGCGCCACCGCCGCGCCCGUCGUUUCUAUCGAGCAAGCAACCGCUCCAAAACCUGCAACAGUGGUCGCUGCCGGCGCGCCGCGACAUGGUCGACCGCCUCGAGAUCCACGCUGUCUUUCAUGAGUACCUCGUGCUCAUGCAAGAGCUGCAGACGACGUCGGCAGACGUCCGCGAGCGCCUCUCGGCACUCCUCGCUCGCGUCGAGCGCAUGAGUGUCGAGCAAGGCAUGACGCCGCUCACGAUCGGCGUCCUCAACUCAAUCCGCGCCGGGCUCUGCAUCGCCGAGGCGCUCACGCCGACGACGGAAGAGACCCUGAACGACUCGUCGGCGAUCGAGACGCUGCUGCGGCUCUCGCGCGCGUAG